UGUGUUGGAUUAAUCAUUUGAAUAAUAUUUAACUGAGUUCUGCUUCAGCAAUGAGGAAAUUGUGUGUGGAAAUAAUAAAUUCUGGCUGCUGGAUUAUGGAAUAAUACUGUAAGGAAGUUGAAUAGGGAGAAUUUGGAAGAGUAUUUGUACCUGCUUGUUAGAGAUCGCUUGCGUUCUACUCACCUGCCAAAAUGAUGGAGGAAGUGUCUAUUGCUGUGGCCUAUGAUGCCCAUAUUAUUGACCAGAUGUCAGAGGAGGAGAUCCUGGCUAGUCUAGUAGUGGAGACUCUACCAAAACAAGUGGUGCCCUCUAAAAAGCCAAAAUUAAGGGAUAACCAAGUGCAGCCAGAAGACUCACUCGACAGGUACGAGAGAGAAAACCAUAAGCUUCAUGAGACCAGUUUACGCCUGGAGCAGGAGAAUGAUGACCUUGCGCAAAAACUUGUCAUCAGCAAGAUUGCACUGAGGAAUGCUUUAGAUCAGACUGAGGACCAGGUGGAUGAAUUAACCAAGGAGCUUUUGAAAACCAAACAGCUUCUGAUGGUUACAGAGGAGGAGAAAAGGGGAAAGGAGGAGGAGGCUUCACAGCUAAAAGGGAUGUUUAGGAGAGAGCUGGACAAAGCAGAAGCCGAUAUUAAGAGAUCAAACAAUAUCAUUACAGACUACAAGCAGAUUUGCUCUCAACUGAAUGCUAAACUUGAAAACCAGAAAGCUCAAGCUGACAAAGAGCUGGCAGUUUUCAAGAGCAAGAUGUUGGAGUGUGAGCGCUGCCGACACAUCUUUAGCAUGGAUGGAUCGAUUCAGCUGUGCUCUGAGGAUGAAGAUACCUGUGCUCAGGAUGAAGUGAAGGCAUCUCUCAGAGAACAGGUCCAAGAAUUAGAGAGAGAGCUGGCCCAGACCAAGCUACAAAUGGUGGAGUCCAAAUGCAAGAUACAGGAGCUGGAGCACCAAAAUGCACUACUGACGACUGAACUUCAGGCUGCUAAAAACACAUGGCUGAGAAAAACUUUGGGCUCUUUCAAGACAGCUGCCAGCAGCCAUCAGAACUCCUCUCAAACAGAUCCUGCCUGGAGCCCCACUCAUAACCCCCACUCCAGCUGGGUCACCAGAAGGCUCUCCUGGGCCCAUCGAGAAGGGAGCGCAGCCAAAGUAUGAAAAGGUUAAGCAUACUGGUGGAGAAGAAAAGUAUUUAAUAAGAGCUGAAAUGAGUCUCACAAAUGAUGAGAAGGCUUUUCCCUCAAACCAGAGGAUAUUAUAGAUCCGUAUGGUUGUAAACGUUGGGAAUGAGAGGAUUCUCAAAAGAUGGGUGACAAGAGGGAAGCAAUAUCUGCCCCUCCAAAGAUGAGUGCAACAGAUCAGUUGCUUUUAGGGCAAUCUCACAUGAAGACUAUAUGAAGUUUUUGUAUUGCUGCGAGUUUAAGCAUAAUGUUUUACAAAAGUCACACUGCAAAACAUUUUUUCCAGUGAACCUAAAGAUUAUGCCUCAUGUGGUAACAUCUAAAUGAGCUGGUUUCACUAAAUCAACCUAACUACAUUUGGUUACAUCAACAAAAGUAAUUUUAAGGGUUAUAGAUCAGGUACAAACAGCUCUUUAAGGUAACAAUUGCCUUCUAAUGCUUUUUAUGGCCCACUGUUGGUACUGUGCAAUGUGAAUGUAUUUCUUUCAUUAUGUUCUACAACAAAUAAACUUUAUGAAGUAAAG